UUACAACAACGUGAGUCACAGGGGGGAGUGGUCCUGCAGGCGUACUGUAGGCGUAGGCUUCAACAGCUGACACACUACAGACCGGGAGGACAGUCUGGCUCGGAAGCGGAGCACAGAGGAGGCGCUCCGGUGAAGUUGUGACCCUGUGUCCGAGGCGAGUUUUGUGCGCUCGGUAGAGACCACGGAGACUGUGCAGAGCCGGAACAUAAACCCGCAGUUUUGGAAGUACUGGUGCUGUGAACAGAGAGUUCAACGCUGCACGAAAUGAAAUCUUCGUCGAGUCGAGAGGAUUAUAGUUAGAAAGUUACUGCUCCUGGCAGAGAAGAUACAGUUCAUUUUCUUUUCCAUUGGACCAUUGUGCUCAGGCAGCUGCUUUUUCAAUGUGGGAUACAGUUUUGGUGCUUUUGCCAGGCUGAAAUCCUCCAGUGUCAGGACCUCCCUCAUGGCAGCUGUUCUCCUCGGGCUGCUGCUUUUUGCACUGCAGUCUCCCCCCAUCCCCUCCAGGCCCAUGGCUAACGAGGGGCCACCUCCCACCUCAUCGCCCACCGACAACGACGAGACCACCAGCCACCCAAACGGGACCCUCCAACAGUUUCCUCAGAUUAUAAUUAUUGGCGUGAGGAAGGGGGGAACGCGGGCUCUGAUAGAGAUGCUCAGUCUGCACAGUGCAGUGGCGGCGGCUCAGAACGAGGUGCACUUCUUUGACUGGGAGAGUCACUUUCAGAAGGGCUUGCCUUGGUAUCUCAGCCAGAUGCCCUACGCCUUCCCCGACCAGCUGACGGUUGAGAAGACGCCGGCCUACUUCACCUCCAGCAAAGUCCCCAAACGCAUUUAUCAGAUGAACCCUGACAUCAAGCUGCUGCUCAUCCUCAGAGACCCCACGGGGCGGGUGCUGUCAGACUACACCCAGGUCUUUUACAACCGUCUCCAGAAGCACAAGCGUUACCAGCCCAUCGAGUCCGUUCUGGUGAAGGACGGCGAGAUCAACCUGGGAUACAAGGCUCUCAAUCGCAGCCUGUACUAUGUUCACAUGCAGAACUGGCUGCAAUACUUCCCACUGGAGAGCAUUCACGUGGUGGACGGGGAUGAGUUGAUCAGGGACCCCUUCCCCGAGAUGAAAAAGGUGGAAAGAUUCUUAAAGCUGGAACCCCAGAUAAACGCUUCAAAUUUUUACUUCAAUAAAACUAAAGGAUUCUACUGUUUGAGAGACCACGGGCGAGAACGGUGUUUACAUGAUUCAAAAGGCAGGGCUCACCCUCAUGUGGCGCCUGCCAUCCUGCAAAAACUCUACCAGUUCUUUCACGAACCCAACAAAAAGUUCUUUGAGCUGGUGGGCCGACCAUUCAACUGGAAAUGAAGUUAAUGAACGUCUGAGUCUCAGUAGAUUGGCGUAGAGUUGCUUGGGGAUAAUCUGUUUUCCUCAUUAACAAUGUAGAUUAAGAGACAAAGCUAAUGUAAAUUUAAACUAAAUCUAUUUUUGUACUAGUAGUCUACAUUUGUUACAGGAGUAUGAUCGAGCCAAAUACCAGGGCAGACUCAAGUUCAUGACAUGUUUUGUUAGUGCAUGUCUUAUUUCUUUUCAUUGUCAAACAUAUGCAUUUUACUGUCUUUUUGUACUGUUA